AUGACAGGAUAUAAAGUUAUAUUGCCUCGCUUACAGAGUAUUGGACUGGAAGAUAUCACAGUCAAGUAUUUGGAGUAUAAUCGACCCAGUUUACAGAUCAAAGUAAUGAAGUUUGCUGCAGUGUUUGCGAGUAUGGUAUACUAUGAUGGUCGGUUCAAAAUAUCUCAACGACUAAGCAACCAAAUUGCGAUGAAAUCAUGUACAGAGGUGUACAAAUAUAAACGCUGGAGUCAAGAGGAUGGAUUUGACAUCAAGCCAAUGGUUGAGAUUAUUGUUCACGAUUCCGAUCAACAAGUGUUCAUAUUGGCAAUUGACCUGUUCUCGAAAGUUUGCCAUGGUAUUGACGAUGAAAAUUUUGGCAUCGUGUUGUCAAGACUUGUUUCACGACUGGAAUCAUCCAAUGGUUCAGUUGCUGUUGGGUUUAUCAAAAAUCUUCAAACCAUGUAUCGGAAUAUUUAUUGUCAUGACCGAGUAAAAGCAAUGAAAUUUGGCAUCAUUCCAGCACUGGUCAAUACGCUCAGGAGUGUCGAUCAAGAAGUGGUUGAUCAAAGUAUUGCUGCUAUUCAGAGUUUUUACAAUGUUACAGAUUAUGAAGUGACUUCAGCCGAGUUUAUAAGGUCGGGUUUAAUUCAAAUACUGAACGACUUGUGUAUCAAAUACAGCAACAACUCUGGACUAAAAAUGCGCAUAAUCAAGAUAGCUGGAACAGUUGCAUCCAAAAUGCACGACUUUCCUGUAUCGCUUGCACGAUCGUUGGUUUUUGAUCAAUUGACGAUAUCAGUGUGUGAUCUCCGCAUGGGUUACUCUUUUCGCCUGUUUGAUAAUGUCAGCGACAUGAUUCAGAAAUCUACAAACAAGACCGAGAUGAUCAAGGUGUUUCAAGAUUAUGGAAUUGUGCAGCAAUUCAUCACUAUUUAUUCACGUACAGAUAUACGUUUGUGUGAUUCUGGUGCUGGUACUGUAAACUUACUCAUGACACUUGUUGAUUUUGCCGACAAUCAUUCCGACAGUUCAAUACGUACCGAGUUGGAUCAAGGCGGGAUAUUUGAAAAUCUAACGGCUAUUGUAAAAUCAGACACUGCUGACUACAGAGACAAAAUGGUUGCUGACCAGAUCAUUGAAGCGUGUUUCCAGAAUCGGGCUUACACUGCUAGUUCGAGCAUUUGGCCAUACAAUGACAAUGCCGAAAUUGAUAUGAAAUCUGGAAUGGCCGGAUAUAAACAUGGAGAGGUGCGCACACUUGUCGAAAUGCGGUAUAUCCAGUAUCUGCAAUGUAUACUUUGCAAACCCAUGUGGUGGAUCGAUAUCACAAACCAGCAUAUUGUGGAGCAAUGGAGGACAGAUUCACUCGAUCGGAAUAUAUCACCAUCAACAUUUAAUCUUGCAUUGGAACAACUCGGGGUUUUUGCCAAACAGCUUGUUUGUAAUGGCAGUGAUGGAUUGGGCACAAUUGUCCCAGGACCUGUUGAACAGACGUAUAUACUGGACAAUGGCAUACCUGACAAUGUAUACACGCGAUUGAUGACAAAUGUAUCGGAUAUUGAACAUGGAUCAAAUCACAACACUGGUCAAAUGGUGCACAAUCUAAUUGAUGCAUCAAUGUACAGUGUUGUAUAUGGACAAACGAUGAUUGUACCACUGAGUAUACGACUCAAAUACACCACAAUGGUACCAUGCGAUAUAUUGUUAUCGACUCGACUUGUUUCAAAUGUGCCCAUCAUUGACAGCAGUCCCAAGUUUAUAUCACGCAAGUUCCAAUGUCUUCCGAGUGAAUUCCGUGUCGAACAGGAUGGCAGUGUGACCAUCAACUCAUACAUCAACAAUCUGAAUCCGAUAUGGCAUCGAGACAUGUACAAAUGCAUUGCCAAAAUAUUCAAAUGUUUUGUCCCGAUGUUUGAAAGUCUGAUCAGAACGAUGGAUCCACGGUUCAAGUAUAUUGAUAUUUGCAAUCGCACAAAGGGAUAUAAACCACCAAGCCAGUCAGAUCGUGGUGGUAUGGAACCAGACACUCAACUCAUUCGUCCCGUGUAUGUACCAACACUUCCAGAACAUUUCCAAUCCAAAUAUGAAUUAGCAAAGCCAGUAUCACUGCGUGGUUGUAAUCUACAAGUCAUUGUCAAACUCACCAACAUUCAACUGACACCAUCCAAACCUAAAUACGACGAGGGAGACUGGUACAUUGAAGUUUAUCCCAAUCGAUACCAACACAAAGAACAAUCAUUUGAACUUGCAGAUCCAACUCAACCAGGACACUGCAAGAUUCUGACAUUUUUUGUAGUGAAUUCAGUCUGUCGGAUUGUUUCGACUGCGCAUGUGGCUCCACAACAACCACAAUGGUACAACUCGAGUCUUGACAAGACACCCAUACUGCCUGAACUGUGGAAUGAUGCCACGCAGUAUAUUCAAGGUGUUCAAUCACCAACUGAAGCCAAACACUAUCGAGAUGAAUUGACAAGUGACCGAACUCGAAUCGUAAUGGCAUACAACGAAGAAAUAUAUGAGCGGGUGUAUAAUCUUGAUAAUUGA